GUGUGCAAGCAUCAUGGCGCAUUUAGGUUCUACACUAACGGCAACUUAUGCCCACCCCAAACCGGUACCAACCAACUUUCUACCAGCCAUCAGUUCCAUGGCGUCAAGCUACAAGGACCGCUUCCCCCAUUACAAUUUGAUCCACAGCCCGAGCCUUCCUUGGAGACCAAGUACAUACUACAGGGUAGCUUCCAACUCACCGACCUUGGCUCCAUACUGUACGAGAUCUCAGAGGGUGGCCGAGAGCACGAUGCUGCCCUUCGUCUCCAAUAGGACUACGCUGUUCACGAGGUACACUCCUGAUGACUGGUACAGGUCCAAUCUCACCAACUUUCAAGAGUCGAGCAUGUCUCGACAUAAUUCGGAGAGACUGAGGGUGGAUACCUCUCGUUUGAUUCAAGACAAGUAUCAGCAAAUCAGGAAGACCCAGGCGGACUCCACCCAAAAUCUGGGAGAACGUGUCAACGACAUUGGAUUUUGGAAAUCCGAGAUCACUCAUGAGAUGGAUGAGAUGAUUGGAGAGACAAACGCACUGACUGAUGUUAAGAAAAGAUUGGAGAGAGCCCUGACGGAGACAGAAGCUCCUCUUCAGGUGGCCCGGGAAUGUCUGUUUCACCGAGAGAAGAGAAUGGGGAUCGAUCUAGUUCAUGACGAAGUGGAAACCCAGCUUCUGACGGAAGUUGAUGUUAUUCUGUGUUGUCAAGAAAGAAUGAAGCUACAUUUGGAUAAGGCUAUUGCCCAACUUGCCUCGGACAGAGCUGCCCAGCAUGAGCUGGAGAAGGACCUAAGCGACAAACAAGCAGCUCAACGCAUCGAUGACAAAUGCCACCAUCUGCGCAACACCUCUGAUGGUGUCAGCUACUUCCGGGGCGUGGAGAGAGUGGACGCCACGAUCUCCGUGCCUGAAACUUGGGCCAAAUUUACAGAUGACAACAUUCUACGCUCUCAGAGUGAGCGUACGGCCUCUGCCAAGCUCAGGGAUGACAUUGAAAACCUCCUGGUGGUGACUGCCAAUGAGAUGUGGAAUCAGUUCAACCGGGUGAACUUGGCUUUCACUAAUCGCAUCGCCGAGACUGCUGAUGCUAAGAAUAAGAUCCAGAUUCACUUAGCAAAGACGCUGCAAGAGAUUUUCCAGACCGAAAUGACCAUUGAGUCCAUCAAGAAGGCCAUCAGGGACAAGUCAGCCUUCCUGAAGGUGGCCCAGACAAGACUGGAUGAGCGCACACGGAGACCCAACAUAGAACUCUGCCGAGACAUGGCACAGUUACGCCUUGUGAAUGAAGUCUACGAGGUGGAUGACACCAUCCAGACCCUGCAGCAGCGCCUGAGGGAGGCGGAGGACACCCUGCAGUCGCUGGUCCACACCAAGGCCACCCUGGAGCACGACCUGGCCGUCAAGGCCAAUUCCCUGUACAUCGACCAGGAGAAGUGCAUGAGCAUGCGCAAGAGCUUCCCCAACACGCUGCGGCUGGUGGGGUUCUGUUAGAGACGCCCCCUCUCAUCACUCCCUGUUUCUGUUAGAGGACCCCCCCCCCGUUAACCCCGGGAGCAUGGCUCCCCAGUAAAGACAGAUUCACACCCCUGUCUCGGGGCCCAUAAUGAGUGUUAAUGUAUUCAUGUAUUAAAGGAUUGAUGGCCG